AUACCUUUCUGCCAACUAAGUGAAACAGAAGCUUCAGUUUAUCAAAUAUAUUUUGCUAUUUUAAUAGUUCGGUCAUUAAGUUUCGAACGGAAAGAAGAGUCUGGAUUAGCUGAUGUAGAACGAAAGGUUUGUUAUUUGUAUUCAUUUAAAACUGACUAAUCACAAUAUGCUCACCGGAUAUUAUAUACAGUUCAAACACCCAUUUGUUGUCGAAUGGAAAACGUUCUGAAGUCAGUUUUCGUCGAUAACAUUAGCUAGCGAACCAUGUAAUGGAGAACCGAGGAUCCAGUGUGAAAGCUUCAGCUGCACUCAAUGAUGACUUCAAACAGAUCAUAACCUAUAUAUCUCACGACAACAAUAUUUAUCCACUGAGUUGAUAUCCAGUAUUCCAUAAGAGAUUGUUAGCUAGUCCUUUAGUUCGCCAAACAUCUAAUAUUUAACAUUAUUUUGUCGGGGUAAGAGGAGAACUAUUGUUGUUCUUUAGUAACUCACCUUCCACAGACAUAGUCAAUUCUAACAAUCUUAAUUUUGUGACCGUUUCGGAGACCAAUACUAUCUGGACCGUCAAUCAUUCAUUUUACUGAUAAGUUAUGAAAACCUCAUUCAACAUCAAUCCUUCAAAUUUUGUUCGAACGAUUUCAAUUCUGAAAUGACUAACAACAAUUCUAAUUUCAUGAAAUAUAAAGCCAUUUCUUAUUCAUGGAAAUCCUCAAGAUUAUAUCAAUAUCCUUUUUAUUAUAUUAUAAGGACACACAAGCUGAAGGUUUUCACGAAUACCCAACAACAUUCACUGUAAGGAAGUUAUUAAAGUUAAUUAGAUCACUUCUUAAGGCAUUCACUCUAUCACAAGGAAAAGAAAUCAUGUUCACUUCAACUAGCCCCCUAAAUAAUAACCUUAUGGUGCCCAGUACUGUAUCGUCUGCAUCAAGUGACAUUAUUAUUUCUUCAACUACUGGUGUUCCAGCUAAUUUCAUUAGUUCCACUGGCUCAUCAACUGCCCAACCAUCUGGAGUCACAUAUACAAAGGACCAUGAAGACAUUCAAUUUUCCAACACAACAUCUGCAUGCUUGAAUCCUGUAGCAGACAUCUGUACCAAAGUAAUCAAUGAAGUUGAAGCAACCAAUAUAUUAGAUCCAAUUAACUCACAUCAGGUUGCCUCAUUGGAAGCUGCUGUAGCAGCAGCAGCUGCGGCCUUGGUUGUCUCAUCGAAAACUUCCACAAUAAUGUCACCGGUUUCUACUUAUGGCGAUCCUACUAACCACCCAGCUCACCUAACUGACUUGUCAACGAAAGAUGCUAGUUCUAAUGCUCAUGUACAAGAUAAAACAGAAACGAGCUACUCAUUUACUACAUCAAGCUCUUCUAUAACUCAGAAUCACAAAGUUCCAUUAUUUUCCUUAUGUGGAGAUUUAAACUUGCCGCUGAUUACUUCAACUGCAAUCACAUCUAGUGCUUCUCCUUCAGUCACUAGUUCCAUCAUGAAUUCCGGAACAGCAGCCGCUUUAGCAGCUAAUCUGGUCAAUGUUGGGCCUAAACGUCUUCAUGUGUCUAAUAUUCCAUUUAGAUUCAGAGAGGCAGACCUUCGUCAGCUUUUAGGACCAUUUGGUACAAUAUUGGAUGUAGAAAUUAUCUUCAAUGAACGUGGUUCCAAGGGUUUUGGUUUCGUCACAUUCGCAACGGGUGAAGAAGCUGAUCAUGCAAGAGAAAAUCUAAAUGGCACGGUAGUUGAAGGCAGAAAAAUUGAGAUUAAUAAUGCUACUGCGCGGGUUAUGACAAAGAAAAAGUCUGAAUCACCUACACUCCUGAAAACAGCAACAACGCUUCGAGGUGUCAGAGCGCUUGUACCAAGUACGUCUUCGACAGCUGCGAUAGCUGCUGCUGCUGCUGCAUUGCGUGGUGCAGCAGGGAUUACGUGUGGAUUACCAGUAGUUUCAAUGCCAACACCCGGCAACCUAGCAUCCAUGGUUGUUGGUUCAGGACUUGGUGGACUAUUACAGAACCAAGGUUGUUUUGCAGCCGCUAACCCAACACUAACAAAUAUAGCUGCUAUGCCUGCUGGUAAUACUUUUAAUGCGAAUCAAGCUUUAUUAGCAGCUGCGAUGGCAAGUGCUUCAGGAACACCCGUAAAUUACAAUCCUGCAGCUGCAGCUGCAUUCUGUUUAGCUGGAGCUGACCCAAACACCGCAGCUUUACUUGCUAGUUAUGCUGCUGCAGCGUUCGGAGGAAUCGGAAGUCCAAGUCCUGGAUGCCUUGGGACCAAUAAUGGGCCCGUUAGUGGAACUACACCGUCAACCGCCAUCCAAACGUUUGGAUCACCGUCUCAAGCACCCGGUUUGACAAAUUCCUUGGCUGCUAUGGCAAUGUUCCCCCAAACGGGAACUCUUUUAGGACCUAAUGGUCAUACACCACUGGUUCAGUGGUUUGAUCCUAAUUCAAAUAUGGGUGUUGAACUAGAAUUACAGCAUCGUAUUCAACAGCAACAGCAACAGAUUCAAGCAAAUCAAAGGGCUCUGGCAGCGGCGGUAGCUGCUGGUUUUACUCCUGUAAGUCUUCCUGCCACGAAUACGAUUGAAAACUUGACGGGGUCGAUUUCAGGGAAUCCAGUUGGAUUAUGUGGUGCCUUUUCACCUUCCCAAGCAGCUGCAGCUGUAGCUGCAAAUAUGUUGAGGGCUUUCUCAAACUCAACGAAUUCGUUUAAUGCUACCAAUCUAACGUCGAACAGAUCUGUCACAAGCAACUCAAAUGUACUUGUUAGUUCAGCUUCCGGUUCUCAGAAUGCUACUGCUGUACAAAUUCAGGCAAAUGGUGCUCAUACCUCAAUUUCUGCCAGUCAAGUCGCAGUCAGUGGGUCAAAUACACCAGGGGUAGUCCAGGCCUCACUUUCUGGAACAAAUCAACCUGCAAUGGCUGCUGCAGCUGCGGCAGCUGCAGCUGUUGCUUCUCAACAUUUUCCCACACAAACAUCAGUUAGUCCAACAGUGAUGUCUUAUUUACCAGAUCUAAAUGCAGCAGCUGCCGCAGCAGCUAGUAUGGACCCUUAUCUAAAUAGACUUGCAGCGGGCUAUGCAAUAAAUAAUGCAGUGGUCACUACACCUGCAAUAUAUCGAACUAACUCAAGCUAUCAACGUUUCUCGCCUUAUUAAAAUCGAAUGUAAUUCCAUCAGCCUUUGUUCGUUUUCGUUAUAUAGCUAGCCUUAUUAGGUGGAAUGCACUUCUGCUAAUAUUGAUUAUUAGUUGUAAAGCUCAUUUUAUGCAGUUAUAAUCAUCUGCUCGUGUUUAUUUGCCCUUAUUUAUUUCCUGUUAGUUUUGGUGUGCAUUGUUCGUCUAAAGAAAUUGAUUCGACGCAUAAAUAGGAUAGAUUGACGUGCUUACAAAAAACAGUAAUUUAUUCUCCCUUUAAGAUUGGGGGUCUUUUUUUACUACCUACCGUGAUUGAUUGGUAUUAUUAGGUUAUGCUGAAUAUCCAGAAUGUGUGGAAAGGAAGGCACAUAUGAAAGAUCAAAGUAUAUCGGAGGCAAUUUCUUGUGAAUGUAAUAUAUGAAAUGCACAAAGCAACACCUGUUGCUUGUCCGUCUACUCAGUUUGCUUGCAUAUCUUACUGUUGAGAGUUGAUGACUUCCAACUAAACAAAAAGCACACAUUUCAGGUACUUUUUGUUUAGUGUUAAGUACGUCUUUGUAUUUGGUGCAUGCACUCCAAUUUUGAAAUGUGACUGAUUAUUGCUACUGUUGCCACUUUCUGCUACUUCUAAUACUGUUUGUGUAUAUCACUUUACAAGUAUGUGCUCAUGUAUGUCUACUUAUGUUUUUAUACAUAAAAUUUAAAUCCUGUUUUUGAUGAUGACAAUGAUGGUACGGAUUUUAGUUUCUUUUGUUAUCUCUUAAAAUUCUAAUAAUUUGCAUUUAAAAACAUGCACAUGCCUGGUGGGAUAAAAAUAACUUUCCUAUCUAUUAUUCUCUUCAUAUUCUAACACCUACCUAUUUCUAUUAUUAUUUCUACUGAAAUAAUCAAGUACGCUGAAUGCCUAAACAUUUACUAAUGAUGCCUUGUUAUAUAUGCUUUCUGCAAAAAAUAAAUAAGGUAACACUUUUCUCCAAGAAAGGCAGAGUUGUGUAUACGUCUAUUUUGUUUUGAUUGAAAUGAGUUGAGUGAAAUAUAGGUUUCUUCUGCUCCAUUUAUUCGUUCGUUAGUUGGUUUGUUGAUCUGUUUGCUUUUUUCAAACUUAACUAGUAAUUUUAAUAGUAUUAUGAGAUUUAUAUGCUAUUUAUAAUCAAGCAUGUGAUAUGUUUUAACCAGUAACCAUAUAAUGUUAAACCAACAAAUAUCUUUGUAGCAUUUUGAUUCUCUUAUUCUCAUACAUACGUGUUUUCGAAGUGUACCUAUCAGUUCACUUGACGUCUAUGAAAGUUUGUUACCAUUUCUCUUCAUUAUGUUGAGAAACAUCAUUCUUAUUUGAAUGGUUUGUUUUAUAUUUUCUUUGAAGGUAUAAUCUAUAGUAUUUUCUGAUCGGAAUUUUAUUAUUAUUUGUAUUCUUUGACUACUAUUAUGUUACAUCAAUGUUCUAUGCUACAUAAUAUUUCAUACAUUGUAUUUUCCUCAUAAUUAUUAUUUAUUAGUGACUGAAAAAUUUCUUUAUAACUGCAUUUUUUUUACUUUUUAAAUGAGUUGUGAUUACUUCAUUGUCCAAGUCUUUUCCUUUUUGUUUCUAUAUCUACUUAUCUUUAUUUCAGUAAACAAAAAAAAUGAAAUAAAAUUAAUUCACUUAUCC